UGAGGCGCAAGGCGGAAGCUAUAAAAGAUCCAACAUGGCGCCGAGAAGUCAAAAUAGAAUCAUCCUGCGGCGUUAAAACUACUUUUUUUUUUUAACUGGUUAGCUCGACAACCUAUGUCCUGUCUUAGUAUUUUAUGGUACCUCUCGUCAUGGGAUUUUAAAUUGGUUUAAACACGAAUAUCUAAUUGGGAAACUGCGGACAGAUCAUCGGAGGAGCGUCGACACUGAGUCAUCAGCAGCGGCGGCCAUGUCUCUGAGCGAUCCCGUCGGCGACACGACACACUUCCUCUCCGAUGACAGCGAGGGGGAGGAGCCGGGGGCGCGGCCUGGCCAGGAGGAGGAGUCACCGAGCGGCGUAUCGGUGAACAGGGCGAGGCUAACCGUGGCUGUCCUCUUCUACAUCAACCUUCUGAACUACAUGGACCGCUUCACCGUAGCGGGUGUGCUUCCUGAUAUCGAGAACUACUUUGGCAUCAGCGACGGGAACUCUGGCCUGCUCCAAACGGUCUUUGUCUGUAGUUACAUGCUCCUGGCGCCAUGCUUUGGUUACCUGGGCGACCGCUACAACAGGAAAUGGAUCAUGUUAGUAGGCAUCUCCUUCUGGUCCCUGGUGACGCUGGCCAGCUCCUACACACCAAAAAACAGUUUCUGGGCUCUGCUGCUGACCAGGGGCCUGGUGGGUGUGGGGGAGGCCAGCUACUCCACCAUCGCCCCCACCAUCAUCGCUGACCUCUACGUGAAGGAGAAGAGGACCGUCAUGCUCUCGGUGUUCUACUUUGCCAUCCCGGUCGGCAGCGGUCUUGGCUACAUCGUUGGCUCCUCGGUGGACAAAUUGGCCGGGGACUGGCAUUGGGCCUUGAGGGUGACCCCGGGGUUGGGCCUCCUGGCGGUGCUGAUGCUGCUGUUCGUGGUCAAGGAGCCCAAGAGGGGGGGGGUGGAGGCCCGUCCCGAGCACCAGCUCCAGAGGACCAGCUGGCUCGCCGACAUGAAGUCCCUCAGCAGGAACUGGAGUUUCAUGCUGUCCACGUUUGGUUUCACGGCGGUGGCCUUUGUGACGGGCUCGCUGGCCCUCUGGGCGCCCACCUUCCUCUACCGGGCCGCCAUCUUCACGGGCGAGAAGCCGCCGUGUGUGUCCGCCAACUGCGACAACUCUGACAGCCUGUACUUCGGCAUCGUCACGUGUGUGACGGGCGUCCUGGGCGUGACCAGCGGGAUGUUGGUCAGCCGGAGCCUCCGGAAGCGGACCCAGCGCGCCGACCCCCUGGUGUGCGCGGCCGGUCUGCUGCUCUCCGCGCCCUUCCUCUUCCUCGCCAUCAUCUUCGCUCAGUCCAGCACCGUCGCCACCUACGUCUUCAUCUUCCUUGGCGAGACCUUCCUGUCCAUGAACUGGGCCAUAGUGGCUGACAUACUGCUGUACGUGGUGAUUCCGACGAGGCGUUCCACAGCGGCAGCGUUCCAGAUAGUUCUGUCCCACUGCCUGGGAGAUGCAGGAAGUCCCUACCUCAUCGGAGUGGUAUCUGACUCCCUGAGGAAGAGGGAUUCGUACCUGUGGCAGUUCCGCUCCCUGCAGGUGUCCCUGAUGCUCUGCUCCUUCGUGGCCGUGGUUGGAGGGGGCUUUUUCCUGGCCACCGCCCUGUUCAUCGAGGGAGACCGCAACCGUGCAGAGAACUACUCCCCCUCAGCAACAGAUGACGAGCCAAUUGUGGUUCCCAGGAGCGGCCGGUCGACCAAGGUGCCUGUAUCAAGUGUUCUGAUUUGACGAGAGGACACGGCCGCAGUGACGUGAUUGGCCACGGCAUUCAACACGGCGGACUUGGGAUUUCUGCACAGAUUUGCACAGAUGUGUUUUAAAGACGGCGGGACUUGUUCUGUCAGCGCGGGCAGGGUUUUACUGAAGGCUUGGCUCUUCGCUCCGGACUCUGUGUUUUGAAUAAUUAUCUUUCCCUCCCUACUGUACUAAGCGGAUCUUAACCAAGUGCUCCCCCCCUGUUGAUCAGUCCGAGAAACACAGACCCACCUUGCCCUUUUUUAAUUUCUUUUAAAUUAACGGAACUGUCGCCUGAAAUGAUCCUGGAUUGGUCAGAAACGCAUGCCAAUCCCUAUCUGGCCAAUCACGGGACAGUGAAUGUUGAAAUAUAUUUCCGUGUCCUCAGUAUAACCCCUUCUGAGAAGCAUCCUUGCAGCAAAACCUUUGUUUUAAACAUAAUUUUUUUUUAGCGUUAAAGUGUCAUUUUCUUCUUUUAAUUAUUAAUUAAUUAUUUUUAUUAAUUAAGAGGAACUCUAUCUGUUGUUUGUCGCUUGCGGAACCUGCUCCGUCCUGGACUCCGCUACGGAUUUUAGAGGACGCCGGAUCCUGAUCCGUUAAAACUUGGUUGUCCCGGUUUUCGCUGGACCCAGCCGGCGGCUGUGGCUCCGGACGCGGAGGUUUGAGAGCCUCAGGGGACAGGCAGACCGGGGGUCCGAUGUGGGUCCUGUCCUCAGUGGUUGGUGGCUCUCAAACGGGCGUAGGACUGUUGAGUACGAAGCCUCAAGCACACACUGUCGUCUGUGUUUCCAGAACAUUCUGGUGGGCAACGAUACUGUAAGGUGGUCCACAUUCAAACUUUUGUUGCAUUUUGACAUACAUUCUAAGUUUGCUAUAUCAUCUAAUAUGAUUUAUAAAGGUUUUAUGUUUUUUAUUUUGGAAAAACAACAAAACGUGUUAAUUUACAUGAAUUUAUUUUAGCCAAUUACUGUUUUAUUGUGUGAAAUAAAUGUGAAGAAAAAACUCUUCAA